GAGAGAUGGCGAAAGUGCAGUUGAUAGGGGCAUGGUUCAGUCCAUUUGUGAAGAGAGUUGAAAUUAGCCUCAAAAUUAAAGGUGUUGAGUAUGAAUAUAUUGAAGUAGAUUUGAUAAACAAACCGCCUCUUGUUCUACACCACAAUCCAAUUCAUCAAAAAGUGCCUAUACUUAUACACGACGGCAAAACCAUCCUUGAAUCUGCUGUGAUUCUUGAGUACAUAGAUGACGUUUGGAAAGGUCCAAACAUUCUUCCCAAAGAUCCUUGCCAAAGAGCUCGAGCUCGAUUUUGGGCCAACUUCAUCGAUCAAAAGUGUGUUCCGGCAACGAGGAAAGCUUUAUGGUGUCGAGGAGAAGAGCAAGAGAAGGCCAUCAAAGAAGCAAGGGAAGCUCUUAAAAUUCUUGAAUGCGAAGUAAAGGACACGAAAUUUUUCGGAGGCGACCAAAUUGACUAUGUCGAUAUAAUUGGCUCUUUCUUAGCGUAUUGGAUGCGACUUUUUGAUGAAGUGGCUGGACUCCAUCUCUUCACAUAUGAAGAAUUGCCCAGUUUGUGCAAAUGGGCAGAUGAAUUAUGUGAUAACAAACAUGUUAAACAACAUCUCCCUGAUAAGGAUAGAUUUGUUGAUAGAGUUCGUGGCCACACAAAGACUACUAGAUCUGUGUAGUGGAUACAUUAUUACUCGAUUUGCAUCUACAUCUUUUUCUAAAUGUGUAACACUCAAAUAAGUGUAUGAUUUAUGGUGUUUCCAUGGCUUCUUUAUGCAAUGUAUGCGUGGCUUAUUUUUACACUACUUUUUAUAUUUUUUAAACGCAUUAUAGAGAUUUAUUUUAUA